AUGGAACCAGUUGUAACUGGAUCUAACUGGGAUGGAACCGGCCCCGCAGGGCACAACGCCGACGACAUUGCCGAGACUUUGCUGAUGAAUUUUCUGCGCGGGGACGUGGCGCGGCUGCGGAGAACAGCCUCGGAGGGCGCGGUGCCCCGGUGCAAGCCGCUGCGGCACGCGUGCGAGAAGGAGAUCGUGCUGUACGCGCACUUCCGGCGCCUGCGCUACGUCAGCACCGAGUGCGCGUACGCGGCGCGCGCCUUCCGCGGGCACGCGCGGGCGCUGCUCAAGGGCCUGGAGGCGGCGCGCGCCGCCGCCGUUCCCGCGCUCGGGCACUCGGGGCGGAGCCUGCCGGUGGCGGGGGGCGCGCGCGCCCCGCGGCGGCCGCUCUGCGCCUGCGCGCGGUGCGGGUUCGCGUCCAGCCAGGCGCUGUGCAAGGCGUGCGUCCUGCAGGGGGCGCUGCAGAGCGGGCGGCCCAAGGUGGCGCUGGGCAAGAGGGCGACCGAGGAGGUCAUGGGGCGGGCGGCUGGUGGCCAUAAGGUCGAUGGUUACCGGGCUGGGGACCAUAAAGGUGAUGGUUAUGGGGCUGGUGGCCGUGGGGGCAAUGGGGAGUGCGCUUGCAGGGCCCGUGGCCAUGGGGCCGGGGUGCGUGAGGCUGUGGACCCCCGGGCAGGGGUGGAGGUGGAGGUGGUGGGGGCCGGGGGCCGGAGCGUGCGCAAGAGGGUUGUGGGGCUGGGGCGGGCCAGGGGGGCCCUCAACAUCUGGGACUUCUGA